UCGUGAAUGAGAACGAUGUCAAGCAAGCCUUCAAAGCAAAUUGGUCCAGAAUGAAUGAAAACCAUCCCCAUUUUGGGUCCACUACUCAUCAUGAUUCUACGAAUUGGUGGAUGGACCUAGUACAUGGAACAUUCGAAGGUAGAUGUUUUGGGCUCAAGUUACCAGAAACAUGAAAUUCAACCGAUUGCAUUGCACUUGUACAACCUCUACUCCACCACAAGUCCUUUUCGAGUAUAUCCAGAUUCCUGGGAGUUCCUCCACCGCUUGAAAAAGGUCAAAGACACAUCAGAUUUAAAGGUCGGUUUGAUCACCAACUUUGAUCGUCGGAUUGUCAAGGUUAUUCAGCAAUUGGGAGUCCGACCAUUGGUGGACUUUCUAGUCUAUUCAGAAGGAGCUCAGGCAAGCAAACCCGACGUAAAUAUUUUCGAACUGGCCUUAAAGAAGUCCCUCGUGUCUAACGUUAGACCUUCAGAGGCUCUUCAUGUUGGCGAUGAUGCCGAUAAAGACUACUUUGGUGCUCGUCAGUGCGGCUGGCAUGGAUUUCUGCUUGACCGACAUGGAUCUCUAGGACAGAAGAGAUCUGAUGUGGACUCGAAUCACGUGUUUUCAGACUUUUCUCAAAUCUCGAAUCGCUUAUUUGGUAUCUCUCAAAGUGAAAGACGAUAAACACUAUACAUUGUCAA